UGAAACAGAAGUCUGUCUCAGGACACACAAAGUUUUCGUUGGUGGUUUGGAGAACUUUUCUGCUUACAACUUCUCUGCAGUAUUUUUUUUAAAUUUUUCAUCUUGUUAUUGUUUUUUUUGUUGAACUCUGGGGUCCACUGGGGCACAGCUUGAGUGUGGAAUGGCUGAACUGGUGCGAAUCCGUAAGAAAAGGCUGCAGAUCCCCAUCUCUAGGCUAAGGAGCAUGCUGAAGCAGCUGGAGGAGAAAGAUGUCGACUUUGAAGAAAUCAAAAAGAAUCUGGAUUUCACAGCGUCGUUACUGGAGGCAGUUUACCUCGAUGGAUCACGGCAGUGUCUGGAGUCUGAAGAUGACCUUCAGCAGCUGCAGUCCGAUGGCGUGCCUUCAGAGGUCACUGAUUGGCUGGCUUCCACCUUCACGCAGAGGGUUCGGCGGCCUGUGCGGCGCCCAGACGAGAAGCCCAAAUUCCGCAGCAUUGUGCACGCCGUACAGGCUGGAAUAUUUGUGGAGAGGAUGUUCAAGAGGGCCUACACGGCAGCCCUGCCAGACCAACCUGCCGCGGUCGUAAACUGCCUCAGGGAUGUUGACCGUUGGAGCUUUGACGUGUUUGCUCUGAACUCAGCCAGCUCUGAUCACGCGCUCCGCACUCUGUUCUUUGAGCUGAUCACCAGAUAUGGCCUCAACAGCCGUUUUAAGAUCCCCAUCUCGUGCCUGACAGAGUUCCUGUCUGCUCUGGAGAGAGGAUACUGCAAAAACAACAACCCCUACCACAGCCACGUCCACGCUGCUGAUGUGACUCAGACGCUGCACUGCCUGCUGCUGCGCUCUGGACUCGUGCACUGGCUGACAGAGCUGGAGGUGAUGGCGUCACUAUUUGCUGCCGCCAUCCACGACUAUGAACACACAGGAACCACGAACAACUUUCACAUCCACACAAAGUCAGAGUUCGCUCUGAUCUACAACGAUCGGUCGGUACAGGAGAGCCAUCACCUGAGUGCAGCGUUCCGCCUGCUGCAGGACGACCAGAUGAACAUCUUCACUAACUUGACAAGAGAGGAAUGGAUGGAGCUGCGAUCACUUGUUAUAGAGAUGGUGUUGUCCACAGACAUGUCCUCCCACCUACUCCAAGUCAAAGGGAUGAAAUCCUGUCUACAACAACAAGAACGGAUUGACAAGCCCAAGGCGCUGUCUCUGUUACUCCACACGUCUGACAUUAGCCAUCCAUCCAAGCCCUGGGCGCUGCACUCUCGCUGGACCAAAGCCCUGAUGGAGGAGUUUUUCAGGCAGGGUGAUAGAGAGGCGGAGCUCGGCCUUCCCUUCUCUCCUCUGUGUGAUCGAAAAAGCACCCUGGUAGCUGAGUCUCAGAUUGGUUUCAUAGACCUCAUCGUAUAUCCUACAUUCUCUCUGCUGACGGACAUGGCUGAAAAGAUUGUUAUUCCACUAGUGGAGGAGAACCCAGGUCCACCAGACCCCUGCAACAGACACAGUAAUCUGUGGAAGGAGAGCUCCAGAGGGCUGCAGUGGAGUCUCGCUCACAUCACAGCUGAGCUGGUGAGCUUCCGCUCCACCUGGACACGACACACCGAAGACAACAAGCUCAAAUGGAAGGAAAGCGGCUCCAACGGAUUUACAGACCCCAGUGUGACAAAAGGGCAAAGAUCCAGACAAGAGGAGCUGUCAGAAAAAUCCCUGCAAGAGCCCACUACAGACUCAAAACCAUAGACAGGGCUUCAUUUAUAAUAGAUAGAAUAUGUAAAGGUUACCUGAAGUUAAUGUUGAGUCACUGUUUGUAAUAAAAAAAAACUCAGUGCCUUCUUAUGUCAUGAUCGAUGGAGCUAUAUGGGGGGAGGGCUGGUUUAAGAUUAACAUCAUCUUCCCAAGGUAAGAUGCAGUAUAUUCACAGAAAUGUCCUUAUGUCUUAUUUUAAUUGUAGCAUACUGUGAUAAUUUAAAUAAAAAGUGUACAUGCUGGCCAUGUAAUACAGUAUCAUGCAUGUUAUUAAUUUAAUUUGCCACCUAACCACGUGUAAGGAAUAUUUUACCUUAAAUAGUUUGACCUGUACACAAAUCAUUUAACCAUGCAAUAAAUGUUGAAAAUGUGUCCAUGUCUGAUUCAUUAUGAGGCUGACCUUGUUAUGGUGGAAUACUGUGCCUUGCUGUUUUUAAUUAAAACAUCUAAAUUAUUUAAAUGUGAGGUCAGAGACCCAAAUAUUUGACUCAACAACUAUUUAAUUCAGUUCAAAGUCAUUCAGCGAACACUAUUGUAAAACACAAGCAGAUUUUGUUCUGCAUAAAAUCUAGUGCACAAGGGCCAACUCAAGUGAUAUCUUCAUUUACAAAAAUCCUUUUUUAACACCACUGGCAAAUGUUUUGGCUGGACUGUCUGUUGUAGCAAAUACAAAAUAACCACUGUUUGGAUCUCUUAAAGGGACAGUUAAAUAUUUUAACUCGUACCGGUAGUUCUAUUUAAAAAUCUCCAUUGUUCUGGUGUGACGUGCCCAGUGCUUGAGAUAAUGGCCUUGUAAGUAUAUGGCACUAUAUGGGAUUACUUCCAUAAAUCGUAACCCAAAAUGCUCCA